UGGGGCAAGAGAGACUUGAAGAGAUAGUCCAAGUUGUUCCAUGUCUUGUGCAUCAUUUGGUUCUCUGCAAAGAGCCUGGAGGAGUCUUGCCUGCUCCAGUCAUAGACUUUUCUCAUCCUCCAGUGCGUCGAACAGGCCCCAGCCCUAUGUGGAUAAGAACACCAAAGUUAUUGUCCAAGGUUUUACUGGCCGUCAGGGAACGUUUCACAGUCAACAGUCCAUUGAAUAUGGAACCAAAAUUGUUGGAGGCGUUAGCCCUAAGAAAGCAGGCACUAUGCACCUCGGACGCCCAGUAUUUUCUACUGUGGAAGAGGCUGUGAAGGAAACAAAGGCGGACGCUUCGGUUAUUUUUGUGCCCCCUCCAGGUGCCGCUGGAGCCAUCGAAGAAGCAAUCAAAGCAGAAGUUGGAAUUAUUGUAUGUAUUACGGAAGGAAUUCCUCAGAAGGACAUGGUUAGAGUUAAAACCCUUUUGAAUGAGAGCACGAAAUCUCGCUUGAUUGGUCCCAAUUGUCCUGGCAUUUUGAAACCCAACGAGUGUAAAAUUGGCAUAAUGCCGGGUUACAUUCACUCACAAGGUUGUAUCGGAGUUGUUUCUCGUUCUGGUACGCUCACGUACGAAGCUGUGGAUCAAACGACAAAAUACAGUCUGGGUCAAAGCAUUGUUGUUGGAAUAGGUGGCGAUCCUUUUCAUGGAACAACCUUUAUGGAUUGUUUUGAUAUGUUUUUGAAAGAUUCGAAUACUAAAGGUAUCGUUAUGAUCGGUGAGAUAGGUGGCAGUGAAGAAGAAGAAACUGCGGAACUAUUAAAGCAAUCUAUCAUAAAGAAACCAGUUGUAUCUUUCAUAGCAGGUGUUACCGCACCUCCAGGGAGACGGAUGGGGCAUGCAGGUGCCAUUAUUUCUGGAGGAAAAGGAACAGCUGCUUCAAAGAUAAGUGCCCUAGAAAGUGCUGGUGCGACAGUUGUUCGAUCUCCAGCAGCUAUUGGAGCGGCCAUGGUUGAAAAAAUGAAAGAGUUUCAGAUAAAUAAUGUGCACAGUGCCAAAAAUUAGUUUGUAAGCCCAAGAGAAUGGAAAUAAUCAU